AUGAAUGUGGACCGCGACAUCCGCUUUGAGGUGAUUGCCCGUUUGUGCCCCAACACGACGGGGGCAGAGCUACGGAGUGUCUGCACGGAGGCUGGGAUGUUUGCGAUCCGGGCUCGGAAAAAGAGCAUUAGCGAGAAGGAUUUCAUGGACAGUGUCAACAAGGUGAUCAAAGGAUAUCAGAAAUUCUCGGCGACGCCCAAAUACAUGGUGUACAAUUAG